AUGAAAUUUUCCUGAAGUUGUCGGAAAUCUAAACUUGCUCGAAAAUAUUGAACUUUUCUUAUCCUAAUUUAUUUACAGAGAAUAUUAUGCAAUGAAACAAACGAUAACUUUGUUUAAUUGCAUAAUUAUUUGUGUUUGUGUCUUAAGACUGAUUGAAAGAGCUACAACAUGACUCAUUCCAGAAGACCAGGUUCAUCGUCAAUCACGCCAUUGAGUGAGCGAUUGAAAACUCCAGUCCGGCGCCGUGAAAAAACCUACAUCUCACUAGUGUAUAUUGCUGAUGGGUUUGCUGAUGACUGCGAUGAGUUCAUUCAUUGCUGCACAAAAGAAGACGAGAAGCUUACUUAUCCUGUUUUUGCCCAGUAUUGGCAUGAGAUGAAUUUCUCCAGUCUUUAUGAAGGCAGAUCUUGUGGAGCAGAAAUAGCUGAGCUAUCAGAAGAGGUUAUCCGCAUCGCCAAACACUACAUGCUUGCGGAUACUAGUAAUUUCGAGGAAAAUGUAUGCGGUUUAUUCUUAGUCUACGCACUGCUAAACCUCCAACCAUACACCAAUUUGGCUUGCCUCCGUAUCGUCCCUGAAGACAUGAAUGCUAUUAACCACAUUGAAGCUGUAGCUCGUAGAGACAAACGCCUAGAUGUAUUAUAUAUUCUUGGUUCUGUGCUGGUAAAGGGACCAGUACAAUAUCAUGCAGAUAAUAGAGAAAGAGGAAUGGAUGGUGCUAUUAAGAAAUAUUUGGAAGACGGCUGCAUGACCAUAGACAAUCUCGGCGUGCGCCCAAAAGGAGUGUUCUAUAGACAGAAUCCCGUAUUAGAUACUCUGCGGGACAUGAAGAAUGCUUACCGAAAGUACGACGCUAUCAAAUCGUUGAUUAAAACAAUAGGUGCGGACAUUAAUUACGUUAAAAUCAAAGACGCGGAGGACCUGGAAGCUUCGCACAAACAACUUAUUAACGGAAUCAGAGAGCCAGCUGCCGUGCCAACAGCAGUGGUACCAGAGGAGCGUUACCAAUCGGUGAGGGAGAUAAAAGCCAAGGCUAUGAAAAAUACCGUCAAUUCCAUCAAACAUAGGACUGGCGUUCAAGAGCGGAGCAAAAACGAGCCUGCCAGUCCUCAGAAACCAGACAUUCGUUCCAAACCGGGAAAAGUGAAAUCCGGCAGUCCUAAAAAACCUCUAACGACUAACUCUCCACGAAAACCUAAAAUGCAGCAAAAAUAUUCACCAAAAGCUAAAAAACAAAAAAAGCAGAAAAAUGUACGGAAACGUAAAUAUUACAGUUCUAGUGAUAGUGACAGUGACGUCACAAUCAAACUUGAUGAUGGUGACUUAACUGAUGACGAUGGAAAUGAUUUGGACUUGGAUGAAUAUAUCGAAAGACUUCAAAGGAAGGAAAAAGCCCAAAAGGAUGAAGUAUCUGAAGAGAAAGUUAAUAAGGAAGAACUUGUUACGCAAGAACUUGAUACACAAAAAGUUGAUACGCAAGAACUUAAUAUGGAAGAACUUAAUAUGCAAUUGGAUACUUUACCAAUUUACAUAAGAUCAGCUGGUGACGAAGACAUUGAGAUUGAAAUAAUUGAUGAACAUGUAAAUAGUAGUAGUGGUGAAAAUAGGACUAAAAGAAAGAAAAAGGUUGCUCAAGCCAAAGUUAUGUCAUUACCUGAUAUUAGCUUCCAAAAUAUUGAUGAUACUGUACCUACAGAAAAUAUCAGUGAACAAAUUGGACUUUCUAGCGCACCUUUGGCAAAUGUUUCAAAAAUAACGAAAAAUGAUGACGCAGUUUUUAAAAAACCUAGCAGUGUUAUCAAUCCUAAACUUAAAGCA